AUGUCUAUCACUGAAGAGAUAGGGAAGUUCCCACCUAAGAUAAGGAAGUUAUUCCCUGACAAAUUACCAUUACCUUCAUUCCCACCAUCUGACUAUGAGUACCAUCUUCGAAAAACUCGAGAUAUUUCCCCCAUAACACCGUUGAAACCACUUUUAACCCAGGCGGCUGCUUCAUUACCUCAACCAUCACCAUCACCAAAAACCAAGUUACAAAUCGAUAGACAACAAAAGAGAGAACGUGAAAGUAAACGAAUAGCCAGUUAUUUAAGACAGUUGAAUGAUUAUCACCAACAACCAGUGAUUUCUGAUCCUAGUAGAACAGUAUUCGUAUCUCGUUUAGAUUAUAAAGUGACUGAGAUUGAUAUAUCCAAUGCUUUGGGGAAAUAUGGAGAUAUAGAGUCGGUCAAGAUCAUCAGAGAUAAGAACGGGAAGUCUCGAGGUUAUGGAUUCAUAGUUUUUGUGACAGAAACCAGUUCCAGAUCAUGUGUUCAAGAAUUAAGUGCUACAGGAUUGAAGAUAGAAGGCUUUGAGAGGAAGAUCCUAGUUGACAUCCAAAGACAUGGUGCUAUGAAGACGUGGAAACCUCGAAGAUUGGGUGGUGGUUUAGGAGGAAGAGGAUAUACUAAAACCAAUAAUUAUUCAUCUGCUGCUUCAAGUGGCCGAAGAUUGAACUUAAAUCCGUAUCCUACAUUCCCAAAGUCUGGUCAAGCAUUUUCCCUGUCGUCAAAUUAUUCAGCUCCAUCUUAUCAAUCACAAACUUCAACUCAAGCCUACUCUUCAUAUUCAUCAUAUUCCCUGUACCAACCCAUGGAAAGAGUCGAGAGAAGUAUCAGAGACAAAUAUUCCAAAUAUAACUACUGA